GGGGUGCUUUUGUUUAGUGUCUUUCCAAGACCUCAACAUGGCCUCUCCUUCUUCUCACACAAAAACAGAUCAGGAGGAGGGCCGGCCUGUGGGCGGGCAGUUCAAGCAUACCCUGUCAGGAGGAAGUGAGCGCAAAGUAGUGGAAUGUAGUUGCCAUUAGUGGGAAGAGGAGCUAACAACUAGCUUGCUAUGCUCUGCUGGAAUUGGGGAUGAAAACAUGCCUCACUUUACGGUGGUACCGGUGAGGGAUCGAGCCCAGUCUGGCUAUGACAGUCUGGAGGGUAUCAACACUGUGGACCACAGGGACGGUGGACUGCAGGAUAAUCAAGACACUGUUAGCUCUGAUGGACAUGGCAAUCACAAAGAAGACAGCCCUUUCCUCAACAGUCCUGAUGAGAAGAAAAAGAAUGACUUCUAUGACAGAAACUUGGCCUUGUUUGAGGAAGAGCUGGAUAUACGACCCAAAGUGUCAUCUCUGCUCAGUCGAUUGGUCAGCUACACAAAUAUCACCCAGGGAGCGAAGGAGCAUGAGGAGGAGGAGAGCGCAGAGGCCUCGCGGAGAAAUACUCCCAAGUCCCCUGACAUGGGCACUCUGAUGGGCGUCUACUUGCCAUGCUUGCAGAACAUUUUUGGGGUCAUCCUCUUCCUGCGGCUGACGUGGAUUGUCGGGGUGGCGGGCAUCAUGCAGUCCCUGCUAAUUGUCAUCAUGUGCUGCACAUGUACCAUGCUCACGGCCAUAUCGAUGAGUGCCAUCGCAACAAAUGGUGUUGUUCCAGCUGGUGGGGCCUACUUCAUGAUCUCGCGUUCUCUUGGACCCGAAUUUGGAGGAGCUGUUGGCCUCUGCUUCUACCUAGGCACCACCUUUGCUUCUGCCAUGUACAUCCUUGGAGCCAUUGAAAUAUUUCUGAAAUAUCUGGUGCCACAGGCCGCCAUCUUUCAUGCCACAGACCACCACGGCACUGACAGCGCGGUGCUGAACAACAUGCGCGUCUACGGUACCAUCUGCCUAAGUCUCAUGGCCGUAGUGGUUUUCGUGGGUGUCAAAUAUGUCAACAAGCUGGCCUCACUCUUCCUUGCCUGCGUCAUUAUUUCAAUUGUGUCCAUCUAUGCCGGUGCAAUCAAGUCUGUCACUCAUCCACCAGAGUUCCCGAUCUGCAUGCUUGGCAACAGGACCUUGGUUAGAGAACGUUUCGAUGUAUGUGCAAAGACUGUCAUCAAUGGCAAUAUCACAGGACCCAGUCAACUUUGGGACAUGUUCUGCAUUCCGGGGAACUUGAGCAGCGCACAUUGUGAUGAUUAUUUUCUGCAGAAUAAUGUCACAGAGAUCCAGGGUAUUCCUGGUCUAGCUAGUGGAAUAUUUAGAGACAACAUGUGGGGCGACUACCUCCAAAAAGGGGAGAUCCUGGAAAAGGAAGGGCUCGCAUCAGUGGACACCCGGAGUGUCGUGGAGAACUUUGGCAUGUAUGUGUCCGCAGACAUUGCCACAUCCUUCACCCUGCUGGUGGGCAUCUUCUUCCCUUCUGCCACUGGUAUCAUGGCAGGUUCCAAUAGAUCCGGAGAUCUCCGGGAUGCUCAGAAGUCCAUCCCGAUUGGAACCAUCUUAGCUAUUACCACCACAACUCUUGUUUAUCUGAGUUCUGUUAUCCUGUUUGGAGCCUGCGUCGAAGGAGUGGUCCUAAGAGACAAGUUUGGAGAUGCAGUUAGGAACAACUUGGUGGUCGGAACUCUUUCCUGGCCCUCGCCUUGGGUCAUUGUCAUCGGUUCCUUUUUCUCCACUGUGGGAGCUGGUCUGCAAACGCUCACUGGAGCUCCCAGACUUCUACAAGCCAUCGCCAAGGACAAUAUUAUCCCUUUCCUCAGAGUGUUCGGUCAUGGGAAGCUCAAUGGUGAGCCAACAUGGGCUCUAUUGCUGACUGUCCUCAUAGCUGAGCUUGGUAUCCUGAUUGCCUCAUUGGAUAUGGUGGCACCUAUUCUAUCUAUGUUUUUCCUGAUGUGUUAUCUCUUUGUAAACCUUGCAUGCGCUGUGCAAACACUGCUCCGCACCCCCAACUGGAGGCCGAGGUUCAGAUAUUACCACUGGACUCUAUCGUUCCUUGGAAUGAGCAUGUGCGUGGCCCUGAUGUUCAUCUCCUCCUGGUAUUAUGCUAUUGUAGCUAUGGGCAUUGCUGGGAUGAUUUACAAGUACAUAGAGUUCCAGGGCGCCGAAAAGGAGUGGGGGGAUGGCAUCAGAGGACUAUCCCUUAGCGCUGCCCGCUAUGCUCUUUUACGGCUAGAAGUUGGACCCCCACACACUAAGAAUUGGAGACCCCAACUGUUGGUUCUGUCAAAGCUGGAUGAGGACCUCCACAUUAAAUAUCCCCGACUCCUGACCUUUGCCUCACAGCUGAAGGCUGGAAAGGGUCUGACUAUUGUAGGAUCAGUCAUCCAGGGAAAUUUCUUGGAAAGUUAUGGGGAACUGCAAGCAGCUGAACAGACCAUCAAGAAUAUGAUGGACAUAGAGAAAGUCAAGGGUUUCUGUCAGGUGGUGGUGGCAACAAAAGUUCGUGAGGGGAUUGUCCAUCUGAUUCAGUCCUGUGGUCUCGGAGGCAUGAAACACAACACGGUGAUGAUGGGAUGGCCGUAUGGAUGGAGGCAAAGUGAGGACCCUCGAGCUUGGAAGACCUUCAUUAACACAGUCCGCUGCACCACUGCAGCCCACUUGGCUCUAAUGGUGCCCAAAAAUGUGUCUUUCUACCCGAGCAACCACGAGCGCUACACUGACGGCAGCAUUGAUGUGUGGUGGAUCGUCCAUGACGGAGGGAUGCUAAUGCUACUACCUUUCCUGCUCAAACAACAUAAAGUGUGGAGAAAAUGCAAAAUGCGUAUAUUCACUGUAGCUCAGAUGGACGACAAUAGCAUCCAGAUGAAGAAAGAUCUAGCCACGUUCCUGUACCAGCUGAGGAUAGAGGCUGAAGUGGAAGUAGUGGAGAUGCAUGACAGUGACAUCUCGGCGUACACUUAUGAGCGAACCCUUAUGAUGGAGCAAAGAUCUCAGAUGCUAAGGCAGAUGAGACUGUCCGGCGCAGAGAGGCAGAGAGAGGCCCAACUUGUGAAGGACAGACACUCGCUGGUGCGAAUGGGAAGUUUGUACUCAGACGAAGAGGAGGACACGUUGGACAGUCCGCUGCCUGAGAAUGUUCAGAUGACGUGGACAAUGGAGAAGUCUGAGGCCGAGAGGAGGAAUAAAAACAAUGCACCUGAAAACUUCAGAGAGCUCAUCAGCCUUAAACCGGACCAGUCCAACGUACGGCGUAUGCACACGGCCGUGAAGCUGAAUGAGGUGAUCGUCAACAGGUCCCACGAUGCACGGCUGGUCCUCCUUAACAUGCCGGGACCACCUCGCGAUACGGACGGAGACGAGAACUACAUGGAGUUUUUGGAGGUUUUGACCGAAGGUUUAGAACGAGUUCUGCUAGUGCGUGGAGGCGGGCGAGAGGUCAUUACCAUCUACUCGUGACCAGAAUGGACCGCAGCGAUUCUUCAACAUUCCACCUUUAUCACAGGCUUUAGCUGCUCGGAGUUCAUUAGAAUUUGGUGUCGUCAUAUAAGACCAUGUCUAACAUUAUCAAACCGUGUAUUUAGAGCUGGGGUGGGGAAUCUUUUUUUUUCUAUCAGGAGUCAUUUCAGUCCUCUGAAGACCACAUGAUGGUUAGCCAGCUGACAUACUACCUACAGGUUGUAAGUUCCCCAUCCUGGUGUAUUGUACACUAAGCUUGUAGGCACAAUUUGAUAGAAUGGGAUUCAGGAGGGGGUGCACUUUAUUUAUUUAUUUAUUUGACAUAUUUCAAGUUGCCCCUUUGUUACUGGCUAUCAGCUAAAGACUAGUAUUAAUUUUGCAUGUUUUUUUUUUUUUUAGAGAGAAAAAAAACAUUUUUCUUGUUUGUACACUUCAUUUUCUGUCAUUUGGUUUUCUAAGAUAAUGUGCAAAAAAGUAGGGAGCCACUGGGCCUUUUGUUUUUUAAUGAAUGAACAGUUUGCUUUAAAGGGAUUAAAGGUGACAAUUUGUGCAAUGUCAGAACAAUGCUAGGAGUCCUGAAUGAGAUCUACUGUAGUUUAAAGUUUGUUUAGUUUAAAAAAGAUGAGUUCAAGUAGAAGCAACUUAGCCCAUUUAUUAUUAUUACUAUUAUUAUUAUUAUUUUUUUAAAUAAUUUUAUUUGUAACUAGUUAAAAAGAAUGGGUUGGUAUCACUGUCAAGCAAUAGCCACCAAUGUAGAUACUUUUUUAUAGAAAAUUAAUGAUGGCAGUGCUUGGUAUUUUUUUUCUUAUGCUAAAUUGCAAAAUGUCCCAGAUACUAAGAAGUGAAUUUCUAUGACUUCAU